CUUCUGUAGAGCCUGGCCAAGUUAACAGAUGGAUUCAGGAAUAGCUGUUGUAUUACAGAUUCCCUGCAGGAUCUCCAGCACAAUUCUAGUUCACUCAGCGACUCCUGUUUACCUCAACAACACUGCGAUGCUUGUUCUCAGACUGACAUCACUGGAGAGUUUGGGUUUGAUGAUAAAACAAGACUUGUAGACAAAGUAAGACUGAACUGGCAAUAUGAAGAGGCCAAGAAAAGAGUUUCGAAUAUACAGCAGCAGCUGGCCUUGCUAGAUAAUGAAUCUUGGCCAGGAAUGGCUGAAGCGGACAGGGACCGUCUUCAGCUCAUCAAAGAGAAAGAGGCUCUUCUUCAGGAGUUGCAGCUCAUCAGUCAGCAGAGACGAUCCCCAGAAGACAUUGCACGUUUGGAGGAAGAAAAAAGACGCUUGGAGGAUGAAAUUCAACGGGCUCGAGCAACGUCUGCUCAUGGGGCCACUGAAAGGAUACUGUUACAGGAAAAGAGAAAUUGUUUGCUUAUGCAACUAGAAGAAGCCACACGUUUAACCUCAUAUUUACACUCCCAGUUAAAAAGUCUGUCGGCUAGCACCCUCACGAUGUCCUCUGGCAGCAGCAGGGGAUCCCUGGCCUCCAGUCGAGGAUCCUUGGCCUCCAGCAGAGGCUCCCUCAGCUCGGUCAGCUUUACAGACAUCUAUGGCCUUCCGCAGUACGACAAGUCAGACAGCGUUACAGACUACGGGCAGCAUUUACGCUUUGACAUAAUUCCCUUUGAGUCUCUCACAAAAGAUGUGCCAUACACUGAUCCCAUCGGACACUCAAAUUUCAAUAAGCAGCGGAGGUCUCUGGAUACCCCGCAGUCCCUGGCGUCCCUGUCAUCGCGGUCCUCCUUGUCAUCGUUGUCACCUCCAAGCUCACCUCUGGACACUCCAUUUCUCUCUGCAUCUCGAGAUUCUCCCUUGGCUCAGAUGUCGGAAGGUUUUGAGGAGAUGGCAAGCAUAGGAGCCCUGGAAAUGCUCAGGGCUCAGACCACAGCGUUGGGUGACGAUGAUGCACAAGGAACAAGCUCGUCUCAGACAUCCACUUACCCUGUGGACAAUGAAGGGCUGCGAGAAAUGGGACCACAGCUGACUGUCCAAACUGGUGGAGCUGUAACUCUGCGAGGAGACAGUGGUAGAAGAUCGGAGAGGAGAGCCAGGCGAGUUUCAGCAUGUCUCUCAGAUCAUUCACUGGCUAGUGACAGUGGCGUGUUUGAAGCUUUAAGCAAAAGGAAUGAAGAUCUGGAAGAGCCUGUUUAUGGUGAUGCUGCCAGUAAUGAAGAACCACAAAUACAUGUUGGAUUUCUGCAUGACAGUGGAAGUGAAUGUCUGUUAGUCCAUGUGUUACAGCUGAAGAACUUUACUAGACUAGUUGUUAAAGAAAACUGCAAAAUUCAUGUGAGAGUUUAUUUGCCACCACUUGAGUCAGGCACACCAACCACUUACUGCUCUAGAGCUUUGGAAUUCCAAACUCCAUUAAUAUUUAAUGAAGUUUUCCGAAUCCCUGUACAUUCAAGUGUUUUGAAAUUAAAAUCACUGCAGCUGUAUAUCUGUUCAGUUGACCAUCAGCAACAAGAAGAACUAUUGGGCAUUGCUCAGAUAAACCUGACUGAUGCAGAGAGUUCUGGUGAGAUGCAGCUUCACUGGUAUACUGUUCAGAUCUUCACUGGUUCAGACCCCCAGAGAGCAAAGAACAAAAACCAGUGUGAAGAAAGUAUUCCCCGGUCUUCUGGAAAUGUAACUACAGUUAAAACAGAUGCAGUGACAGCCCUGUUAGCUAGGACCACCGCCCAGCUGGAAGCAGUUGAGAGAGAGCUGGCAGAAGAGAGAGUGAAACUGGAGUACACAGAGGAGGAAAUCCUGGAGAUGGAAAGAAAGGAAGAUCAGGCAGAAGCCAUAUCAGAAAGGAGUUGGCAAGCAGAAUCUGUUGACAGUGGAUGCAGUAAUUGCACCCAGACUAGUCCUCCUUAUCCAGAGCCAUUUUGCGGGGAUUCGUUAGCUGGACACAUGUUUGCAACUCAGGCGGGCCAGUACAGUUCUGGGAAAGUGCAGCCUCCGCCACUAAAGGUGGAUAAGGAAACUAACACUGAAGAUCUGUUUCCUGAAGAAGUUGCUAUUCUUCCAAAAGAGAGAACGAGCCGCAGGCCACGGGGUUCUGCUUUUGUUCGCAGUAGCACUAUUGUUCGUUCCCAGACCUUCUCGCCUGGAGCACGAAGUCAAUAUGUUUGCAGACUGUAUCGCAGUGACAGUGACAGUUCAACUCUGCCAAGGAAGUCCCCUUUUGUCCGGAAUACAUUGGAGAGGCGUACUCUACGAUAUAAGCAGUCCUGCAGAUCAUCUUUGGCUGAGCUUAUGGCAAGGACGUCCUUAGACCUGGAGCUGGAUCUCCAGGCAUCCAGAACUAGACAGAGACAGCUGAACGAGGAGAUAUGUGUUCUAAGAGAGUUGAGACAGCGUCUGGAAGAUGCCCAACUCAGAGGGCAGACAGAUCUACCCCACUGGGUCCUUCGGGAUGAGCGAUUCCGAAACUUGUUGAAGGAAGCAGAAAGGCAGACCAGACAGACCAAAUUUGAACAUCACCAAGAGCAAGCAGCUGAAAAGAUGCUAAAGAAAGCAUCAAAAGAAAUAUACCAGUUGCGUGGGCAAAAUCAGAAGGAGCCCAUUCAGGUGCAGACUUUUAGGGAGAAGAUAGCUUUUUUUACAAGACCAAGGAUUAACAUACCUCCUCUGCCAGCUGAUGAUGUAUGACAUGUUGCAUUGUAAACAUGAAGUAUUUAUCGCUUUUAUUUUAAUGAAGUUAUUAGAUUAGCCAAGUUUCUUU